CGCUCUUUACGCGAAGUGAGCGCAGGACCCCAUCAAGAAACAUGUGAGGGAAUGGGAUACAGAGAGAGGGACAGUACAGUGCACAGUCCGCCGAUCAGUCCCAUCACAGCUUUCGGAUCGAUAGCUUUCCAGUUCAGUGCAACGAUAGACUACCUAAAGAGACCUCGGAGGGCGAUUAAAAACAUGAACACCAUUGUUUUCAACAAGCUGACCAACCCGGUCAUUUUCGAGGACAAUGCAAAUGAAGUGGAACGGAGCAGCAUAAACUACAUAGAAGUUAUCGAAGGACAGCACCCUGAUAUACUGUCAAGCGCUCCAGCAAUCAAGGACAACCAUGUCAUCAGGCAUAGAAGAUCUGGGUCCCGCCAGGGUAGCGGGAAGACGCGGCACAAGCGGCAGGCACUGCAGGACAUGGCGCGGCCGCUGAAGCAGUGGCUCUACAAGCACAGGGACAACCCCUACCCUACCAAGACCGAGAAGAUCCUGCUGGCCCUCGGCUCCCAGAUGACGCUGGUCCAGGUAUCCAACUGGUUUGCCAACGCUCGGCGCCGAUUGAAAAACACAGUGAGGCAGCCAGACCUGAGCUGGGCUCUGCGCAUCAAACUCUACAAUAAAUACGUCCAGGGGAACGCAGAGAGACUGAGCGUGAGCAGCGAUGACAGCUGCUCUGAGGGCAGAGAGGCGCCAUUGCGGACCCAGUCAAACGCCGGCGAGUUCAGCAAGCCCAUGUACCAGAGCGUCAUCAAGAACGAGAGCGUGGCCACGGGGGCGGGGCUGCGGGCCGUCACCUCACUCGGUGAGGACUAUGUGUCGCCGCCCAAGUACAAGAGCAGCUUGCUGCACCGGUACCUCAACGACUCGCUGCGGCACGUCAUAGCUUCCAAUGGCAUCGUGGACUCGCGCCGGAGGAACCACUCGGGAUCGUUUAGCUCCAACGAGUUUGACGACGAGCUGCUCUCGGCGUCGCCUUUGGAAAACGAGGCAAACUUCGUCUGCCGUGCAGAGACUUUGGACCACGGCUCCAGUAGAAGUGACCACGGGCUUCGGGGAAAGGGGACGGACAAGGAUAAGACAUACUGGAAGGAGAUCCACGCAGCCAUGGCCUUGACAAACUUGGCCCAGGGAAAGGACGGCGAUCCGGGAACGACCAGCCGCAUCAUUCAGAAGUCCUCCCAUAUAUCAGAAGUAAAGACUGUCAAAGUUCCCGUGGUGCAGAAAUUUUAACACGUGUUUGGCUUGAGAGAAGCAUUUAGUUUUUUUCCACCCCUUGUACAUUAAACAAGUGUUCAUGUAAGAGGAAUUGUUCAGAUGUUAAUUGCAUUAUUAUGAACAAAACACUAUAUAUUAACUUAUUUUUUUUAAAAUUCCUAAAUUAGUAUUUUUUACAAUGCCAGAAGUGCCUUUUCAUGUCAAAUGUUUAGGUAAAAGAUGUUUAUCAUUCAUAUUGUUGUAGAAUUUAAUUAUAAAAGUCCUUUUUCUAGGCUCUUAAUAAACUCUCAGAAACACAACAGCCCAACUAUUCAAUGUACAUGUAGAAAAAGCCUGUAGCAUCUUAAAUCCCCAUAUAUCCCAAAGACGGAAUUUUAGUAUAAAAAUUUAUUGCAUUUACAUUUAUUAAAAUGUAUUUUUUUGCAUAAAAAUCAACUGAUUGCUAAUAUUGGACAAUAAGAUUAAUGAAACAUUUUUCAGCGCUUAUUACAGCAGGAUUACAGCAGUUCAAAUUUCCAAUCCAUUAUCUAUCACAUCUUUUAUAGUGUAAAUCAUGUAGAGCCUGGGGUCUAUCCUGGCAUAAUCCCAGGAAGACCAUCACAGGACACACACACACACACAUACGUAUGGUAUACCUAUCCUUAUGGGGCCCGCUCAUUCAAGAAAAAUGCUAACGCUAACUAUGACAACUUUAACCCCCACCCUGCCCCAACCAUAACCAUAAGUAACCAAGCAAAAUACAAGAGUUUUUGCAUUUUUAGUUUUUUCAUAGCAGUCACUGAUUUUUAUAAAAUAGAGUUUUCCCUUAUGGGGACCAGGAAACCAGUAUACCCGCUCUCUCUCUCUCUCUCUCACACACACACACACACACACACACGGGAUAAUCCCAGGAAAUCCAUCAUAGGGCAAAAAGACACACAUACACACAGGAUGGUCCUAUGUAGUCCAUCACACGCAGAUUUUUGAAAUAUAAAGACACAGAUUGACCUCAGAUCCAUGUCCUUGGACUGCGGAGGCAUAGCUUGUCACACAUAUGAAACAAAUAUGAAGAGAAUAUACAAAUAAUCCACAAUGACGGAGGAGUAAAGCCACUGAAGCAUCACUCUACCCCUUUACAACUUUAAAUAUAAUCUAUUUUAAGAUUACUAAGGUGUUUAGAGAAGAAAGAUAUUUUGAGAUAUUUCCAGCAUAUUUUGUAAUGGCAAAAAGAUGGCAUCCUUUUGAACUGGUAACUAACUAUAGUUGACCACCAUAAAGCAAUGGUGGGGUUUGAAAUGCCCUUUGAUGUGGUAUGACUUGGGAAACAGGCGGUCAGGUUGGCGGUGGAUGUGUACAGUCUGCCUCAGAGAGCCUGCCGGGGACAGCCCAAUGUAAGGAGGGGACACUUUCCCGCUUGACGGAGUGACAUCAUCGCCCUCCUUGUUAUGUUCCACCUUCAUCCCUUAAAUUCAUCACUUGUUAUCUGGCCGGGCUGUCCUUCACGCACGUGUUCUUUUUUGUCUUCCUUACCAAAACACGAAUUAUAAAGGCCUUCUCUCACCAUUCUCCACUCUACCCUCUGCCCUGCUGAAAAGGAAGCUCUCCCCGGAAUAAUGGCUGUGGUCCGUCCCCGAGUCACAUGGUUUUCUUAGCAUGGACUUGUAGGAUUUCCCACAGUAAGCUGUGAAUUGAUUCGGCAAUGCGCAGUAAAGAAGUACAGAAAACUCUGUGUUGUUUUACUCCACUGUUGCUGAUUUAUUGUGGUUUCCCGAUUUUAUUUUUGUUUGUUUGUAUAUUUUAGUUUAUACUGUAUUUUAGAAGGAUCAAAUUGGGCUUCUUUGCAUUUUAAGGUUUUUCCUCUAAAAACCCAACAUGUUCUUAGUCACUUGAAUUUUCCUCUGAUAACUUAUGAGUGGCUUUGUUUAUUUAAGUUUGCGUCUUCUACAAAAGCUAACAGCCUCAUCUCAGGUAUCUGCAGAGAAAGGUACAUACAGUUCCAAAGGAGACGAUUCUCUCCGCUCAGUUCCGGUCGCAGCCCAGUGCUCAGUGGCUUUCAAAAAGCCAGAUUUUGCAGUGUGUUUUACAUCAUCUCCAAGUCCUGAAAUCCCAGCUUUUUUGUUUUUAUCGCAGUUACUCUGUAGCAGAAACCUUUUACUUUUCAAAUCUGUUAUGUGCAUAGUAUACUUGUUAAAUCUGUUGUGUAUAGUUACAUAAAGCUCUGCAGUAUGACAGUAUAAACAAAGCCAGUAAUGUCCUGAGUAAUAUUUGUACGUCAACUGGCUGCUUUUUAAAUAAAUUUUACACUUACCGAAACGGGGAAAUGUGCGAUUGCGAAAAAUUUCCAUUUUAGCGCAUCAUUGUCAAUAAGAAAACCGAGUGUUGUGGAUAUUGUUUAUGCAAGUUUUUCCUAGGACUUUGUUAAUGCCAAGUUGAAAUCACAUUCUGUUUUUGAAAGACGAAGUAGGGCCAGUUCCAGAGUAUGGUUUUCAAACCUGUUAACAAUUUAUCAAAAUUCACAUCAUUACUCCUCAUAGUCUGAGAUAACCAUCAUUCACAUGUUACUGCACCCAAAUGCAUUCUCCUGCCAGGAGACAAAUGAAACACAAGAAGAAGGUCUUUUACAGCAAAAACAUUGUUCAUACUAUAAAAAAAACUAUAAAUUAAGCUUAAGUUUUAAAUGGUUUAAGUUUAAAUUGUUGACUUGUUUUCUUUGUUAAAUUAUGCAGACGGAAAUGAGACUGGAUUCAUAUCCUGUGCUAAAGUGCAUAGUAUCACGUUAUGCUGGAAAUUGCUUGCAUAUGAAUUUGUAAAGGUGAAUUUUACAAUGAAUAAACAUCUUGACAAAUGAAA